GUGAUGGGGAGGACAGCGAAAAGUGAAUCAAUAGAAUAAGUAUCGCAGAAGGGCUGAGACCUAGAUCCAACAACUCAACGAGGAGGGAAUCUCACUGGGUUUCACAUCUCUCACCGACUCAGCUGACCCAAUGCAGCAAUUUUCAUCCUCAGUUCCAACCCCUGGCAACUUCUCCCUAAACCCACCAUAUUUUGAUGGCAUUUCCUCCAAUUCAGAAGGCAAAAUGAUCAACACAGUACAAUGUACUGCCCCAUGAAUACUUCAACUCCCCACCUUCCUCCAUCGCGGCCUCAAUCUUCUCCUCUGCCCGAACUUUGCGUCGAGAGUAGAGACCUCCCUGUGCGCAUAUACAACAUCUGGUCAGCUGCCCCAAUCGCCUUAGCCAACUCAACUAUGGAGGUCAUUGCGGAAGCACAAAAUGGCUGAGCGAUGGAUGUUGGCAGGGUUGGAUGGGUGGGAAGCCCGGCGGGGUUCACGGGUGAGGGGGUUUAGAGUGGGAGGAUAAGAUGGUAGACAUGAAUGAAGGUUUGGGAGGAGCAAUCGAGGAAACAUGGUUGUUUUGAAACAGAGAAAACAGAAACAACAUUGUUUGGAGUAAAUAGAAGGUCCAGAUUUCGUGGAUUGAAUAUUCUGAAAAUUACAGUGCAAAUCCGUGUCAGGUGGCAGUGCUUCUUCAUGCUCAUGUCCGGCGUUGGAAGCAGGGGGAGAAAGAAGAAAGGAGACCAAGGGAGAGAAGAAAACAAAAAAUAAGAAAGAAGAGAUAACGGGAGUCCAGACUUAACGGCGGUCGGACUCUAAACCGAAUUUCAUUUUGAUCUAAACGCUCUUGGGUUACACGACCCGAGUUCAAGGUUUCGUUCUUCGCAGUUCGCAUAGACCAGAGAGAACCCUCUCCCAGGACCGCACCAGUGUGAGUUCCGGCAACCAGAGCCGGCGGCGGUAAGACAAACGCACCGGCGGUGACAACCAGAACCGGCGGUAAGGUCGUGCUCACCGACAGCGCUCGCUUACAGCGAGAGAAUAGACAGAUAUAAAGGGUAGGAAACGAGGAAACUGUGCGCGGAGUGGUUUUGUUCUGAGUGGCCAAACCCCUAAUCUCAUCAUCUGGAACUAUCUUGAUUUCAGGUUCAGACAGAGAGGGUAAUUUGUAGGAUUUUGAAAUGAGUACUCAAGAUGAGGAUUGCAUUAGACCAUGUAAUGAAGAUGAAGAUCGUACAAAUGCUGAGUGCCAAUCUGUUCAUGAUGAGAAAGUGAGUAAAAUAGAAGAACCAAAAUUGGGAAUGCUAUUUAAAACAUUGGAUGAUGCAUAUUAUUUUUAUAAUGAAUAUGCCAGAAGGUUUGGGUUUAGCACUAGAAAGAGCAAAGCACAUAAAACAAAAAGUGGAAUAACAAGAGAUAAGAUAUUCUGUUGUUCUGCCCAAGGUUUUCGUGAAGAAGAUAGACGAAGACUUAAUGUAAGGCAUCGUGACAAUACAAGAACUGGUUGUAAGGCACACAUGCUUGUUGUAUUGCAAGAAAAUGGCCAAUAUUGCAUAACUCGAUUUGAAAAGGAACAUAAUCAUGAGAUUGUAACUCCAAGUAUGUCACACAUGUUAAGGUCACAUAAAAGAAUGGCAAUGGCCCAAACUGCUCAGGCCAAUCUUGCAAAUAAGUCAGAGGUAGCUUCAAAACCAAUUAUGGAAUCUAUGGCCAAUCAAGUUGGAGUAGAUGAUUUGGGGUUCCCUCGUUAUAAUUAUUUACAUACAAAGAGGGAGAAAGAUAUGGAAAUAGGAGGUGCGGGAGCCAUUUUAAAAUUUUUUGAGAAAUUACAAAUGGAGAAUUCUUCAUCUUUCCACUCCAUACAACUUGAUGCUGCAGAUCGAAUAACAAAUGCCUUUUGGGCAGAUUCAAGAAUGGUAGUUGACUACCAUUAUUUUGGGGAUGUUGUUUGCUUUGACACUUCCUUCAGAAUCAACCAAGAUGAACGACCAUUUGCAUCGUUUGUUGGUGUUAAUCAUCAUAGACAAAUUGUGAUUUUUGGGGCUGCAUUACUUUAUGAUGAGACCAUUGAAUCUUUUAAGUGGGUUUUUGAAUCAUUUCUAAAUGCAAUGGGUGGAAAAAUGCCAAAAACAAUCUUGACAGAUCAAUGUGAAGUGAUGGAAAAGGCAAUAGAACACGUUUUCCCAAAGGUUAACCAUCGCCUUUGUGUUUGGCACAUUUAUCAGAAUGCAGCCAAACAUUUAUCUCAUGUUUUCUGUGUUUCUAAGACUUUUGAGAAGGAUUUUAGUAAGGUGAUAUAUGGUUGUGAAGAAGAAGAUGAAUUUCUCACAGCAUGGGAAGAGAUGCUUUGUAAAUAUGAUCUGAAAGAAAAUACAUGGUUGAAAGGGUUGUUUGAAGUGAAAGAGAAGUGGGCAUUAGUCUAUGGAAGGAACCAUUUUUCUGCCAAUAUGGAAAGUACACAAAGGAAUGAGAGCAUGAGUGGUUCAUUGAGAGGUUACUUAAAAUCAUCAUCGGAUUUAUCUUUUUUUUUUACCAAUUUUGAAGAAGCAAUAAAAGACAGGCGUAAAAAAGAAUUGGAAAUGGACUUCAAGAUGAUUCAAAGCAAGCCACAUUUGAAUACACCUGUGCCUAUGCUACAACAUGCUGCAGAGAUUUAUACUCCCACACUUUUUAGGGAAUUUGAGAAGGAGUAUCUAAGUUCUUUACAAUGUCUUAUCAAGAGUAAAAUUGAGAUUGAAGCGGUGAUUAAUUACAAGGUAAGCAUGUACGGUAACCAUCAUGAGCAUGUUGUGACAUUUUCUUCACCAACGUUAGUUUUAUGUACUUGUAAAAAAUUUGAGUUUGUUGGGUUACUUUGUGCUCAUGGGUUGAGAGUGCUUUUUGACAAUCAAGUAAUGCAACUUCCAUCUCAAUAUUUUUUAAAAAGAUGGUCAAGAGAUGCAAAAAAUGGAAGUGCAAUAGAUUAUCAUGGUUGUGCAAUUAAACUUGAUCCAAAUCGUGGGUAUACUAUGAGGGCCUCUGAAUUGGUGAGAAUUUCACGAGAUAUAUCAAAUCGAGCUGCAGAAAAUGAAAAAGCAUAUUUGUAUGCAUUGAAUGGCUUUCAAAAGAUUCGUAGUGGGGUGGAGAAGAUAAUAAAAGAGGAAGUUUCAAAUAGUGCAGAAACUGCUCUUUCUAACAAUCUUGGAGAUGCUUCAGAUGUAUGUCCACGACAUGCUAGUCAACUUGGAUCUUGUCAUAUGGUUGAUAAUUUACAAGGUGAGGGAGACAAUGAGGAAGAAGAAAAUGUAGCAGUAGCAUCUGAUAAUGCCACAAACGUGGUGAAAGGACUUGCAAGGAAGGAUAAAAGUGACAAAAUUGUCGUUGGUGGUGAUAGAACAAAGCAACCUUUUGAGAAAAGAAAGAGAAGUAAAAAUAAUUCCCAACCUGAGCCACAAAUCCCAGCUACUACAACCAUGGAAGUUCAACCUUCAUCUCAACCUGUUGUGGAAUUAACUGGUGUUCAUGCCAAUAUGGCACAUAGUCUCGAUCUUAAUCGGUUUGCUAGUAUAUAUCAACAACAUAUAAUGAAUACCAACACACCUCAAUUGAGAAUGACAGGGUUGCUACAUGCUUCAAUAGCUUCAGGCACAGUUGAUGGUAAUAGUCAGAUGAACCAGGGAUCUGUUAUGAAUCCGCCACAAUACUUUUUUGGCAUAAAUCACAAUCAAGAUUGCCAACCAACUUCUCAAGAUAGAUAGCAAGAUCAUUUCAAGUGACAAACUUGCCUACAGAGGAGAAACUGGUUUCAUUUAACCCCAAAGUUACUGUGAACACUUCCCAAGGAGAUAGAAACUUGUUCCUUUGACAAGUAUUUGUGAGCUUGGUUCUUUACUCUUACCCAUAUGAAUCUCAGUGUGGUCAUAAUGGGUGAGCAAGUGGGUUUAUUACUAUGUUUAUGGAUGAAUCUGGCAAGGGAUUUUGUUUCUAUCAAGGGACACAAUUCAGUUCAUAGCUACAUUUUGGUUAAAUCGUUUCCAGUACUUGUAACAGAUCACUUCUUACUGGCUCUGUAGAUGAUCUUCUUCAUGUGGCCAAACCUUUACCUCAUGUUCCCUUUCUGUAUAGUUUGCAAACUUUCGUUGCUGCAGUUUUGUGGAUGAUCUGUAACAAGGCUCCUUGGAUGAUCUGUUUCCCUUUUCUAUAUCAAGGCUCUGUAUACGAUCUUCUUCAUGUGCCAAACCUUCACCUCAUGUUCCCUUUUCUGUAUCCAAGUCUGCAAUAUGUCAUUACUGCAGUUUUGUGGACCAAUGGGGUGGAGUGUUUCUUGGGGGAAGCAGGGGAGAGGAAUGGAGUACAGUGGUGGAACUUGGGAAAGGAUUCAUGUAGAUAUUUGUUGAAACUGGGCAACAGUAGCAAAUAGUUCUUCAAGAAUUAUACUGGAUCCCUCUGUCUAGGUACCUCCUGUUGAGAUUUUAUCAACUGAAAUUUGAUGGUAGCAGUCAUGGUAAUCCAGGUCCCUUGGGUCUUUGAGGGAGGGAUUAGAGAAAAGGAUGGUCUAUGUGUUGCUUUGUUUUUGGGUCCAGUGGUAGAAGGGGUUCAAUUAGAGCUGAAUUCCUUGCCGUAAUUCCAGGAUUGAGAUUAGCAAGAGCUGAGAGGCUAGAUUUUAUCAACUGAAAUUUGAUUGUAGGCGGUCAUGGUAAUCCAAGUCCCUUGGGUCUUUUUUUUUUGGGGGGGGGAGGGGUUAAGAAAAGGAUGGUCAAUGUGUUGCUUUGUUUUUGGGUCCAGUGGUAGAAGGGAUUCAAUUAGAGCUGGAUUCCUUGCCGUAAUUCCAGGAUUGAGAUUAGCAAGAGCCAAGAGGCUGGAAUAUGAACAAGUUGGUUGUGGAAGGGGACUCCAAGUUGGUGGUGGGAUGGUUGAUGAAACUGGAGUCUGUCAUUUGGGCCUAUAGAGAGGAAAUAAAUACUUGUAAAUGGUGAACCAGUAACAUGACUUUGAGAAUACAAUGGGCUAGAAGAUCAUCUAACAGAUGAGGGGAACUCUGGCCAAGCAAGGGGUCAACAGAGAUCAAUUUAAUUUGGCUCAGUUGUAAUCUGUUUUUUCUUCUCUGUUUUUAAGUGAGAGGUUGCAUCUCGAACCUAAGGGAAUCUUGUACUGAUUGUAUAUAUCACUGAACUUUAAUAAAAUUUUUUGCUGUGCCCUAUCAAAAAAAAAGUUCGGCUUAAGCUUGAGUUCA